AUGCUUUUGCCAAUGUUUACAUCGAAAGAUUGGAACAAAGAUCCACCAAAUGUUGACUUUCUUGAAGUUGAAGUGGAAAAUGAGCAGAAAGAAGAAUUGCGCCGUAGAAUGAUUGAUGGAGAGAGUGGUACAAUGGAAAUACAGACCUUUGUUGUCUCUCCAGAUGGUAAUCAUGCCUGGUUAGAAAACAGAACAUAUUCCUUUGUUCCUAUUCAAGAAACAUCCUUCAGUCUGUGCAUUUCUGUACCUUCCCACCAAAAGAAAUAUAUGCAGCCUAUGGGAAUUACAGUUCAUGAAGCAAAGGCUUUACUACAUUCAAAUCUGUCAGCAAUGCUGAUUGCACCAUGGGAAUAUUACUCUGGUUAUUCAAAAGAGGACAAUAUCACAAUGACUGCUGAAGACUUGAUUAAUGUCUUGGAUUAUACUAAUGAUCAUGAUAAUUACCUGAUGCAAUUAUUAUUUUGGGAUGCCAAUAUCACAAAGAAAAUGGAGCUUUAUUGGCAUGAUGUUGACAUUUUCCCUCAAUUUAAAUUCCGAGAAGAUGUGAUUGCUACAUUUGUGGGAACAAACGGUGGUUUAACAAUGGUAUACCCUGCAAGUGAGAAAGAUCGCUAUGUCAUGUGGCGAGAUGUUUGGAAAGCUGAUUAUUACCAACGAGCAAUGCAGGUUGAUUACUUUGUUUAUACAGCACCAUAUAGAAAAGGAUCAGUAGAAAAUUCAACAGCACCACCAAUAACUGUUGUAAAAUCUGUCAAAAUUAAUAACAGCAUAAAAACAGCUGUGAUUGGCGUUACAAUGAAUCACAGUAGAAUAAUGGAAGAAUUGUUAACAGCUUCAGACUAUGGUAGUUCGGAUCAGUAUCAUUGCCGUGAUAGUGAUAAAUUAAUUUGUUAUCUUUUGGAUGAUGGAGCCUUUGUUAUUUCAACAAACCAAGAAGAUAAACUUGGUGCAGUUGGGCAGUUUUUAGGUAAUGUUGACAGAGGACUAAUGUUUGGCCUACUAAACCGCACUGUCUAUGUAAAACAUGAAGUAUCUGACUUUCAAGCAACAUGUCAGAGAAAAGCCAAAAAAUCAGCUGGAGGUUUGAAAAACAUUCGUGUGCCUUCAGUGAACUUAUUGUACGAAAUGUUAAGUUGGAAAUGGUGGUUUAACAAAGUAGCAUGGUCAUAUUUUAGUUUCAAUAUAUACAAUUGGUUUUUCUCAGAGCCUAUCAAUUUUGCUUAUGCAGAAGAGGAAGGUGAAUCAGAAAGCUGUAUAAUGAACCGAAUACAAUAUUAUUGGCCAAGUAGUACAUUUAACUCCAUGAGUGGUAUAGUUCCAUGUGAAAACUGUUCUAGGGAGUUCAGAGUUGUUCGUUUGAUGUAUAGUAACUUGGUACUUGUAGUUACUGAACUUGAGUGUAAUGAAUGCUCAUAUACAGAAAUUAAUCAAGAACCUGAAGAAGUGAAGCCAAAUUUUUGUGAGUCACAGCCAAGGUAUAGAAAACGCCCUGGAGAAUGCUACAAAUAUGACGCAAGAGAAGAUGAUCGGAAAUGUAGUGGUUCAGCCAAUCUUCCAUCUUAUUUUGUUCUGUUGACAGCCCUCUUUCUGCUUCGCUUGUGUGUUUAUUUAAGUGAUAGUUGAUAACAGAUUACAUAUUAUGAUACAAACACCCAUCCCAUUCUUUACUACCCAAUGAUUUUGUCUUUGUACACCACAAUAACAUAUUUGUUGCAUAUACAAACCUCUUGAGAGGCCAGAUCUACAAUCUAAUUGAAAAAAAAAAUGUUUUCAUUUAAUUAUAAAUUGAAUCAUUUUUUUUUUUACCACAGUAUUAAUAAAAUAUGUUGUUCUAAAUUACUAAGUUUUUAUAAGUUUGCAAGAAAUCAAAGAAAAAACAAAAAACUGGCAAUUACGGAUUCUUUCUAGUACAUAAAAAAUUAUAUAGUAUUUUAUAUCUUUUUCCUCUGAAUUUUUUAAUUUCUUUUUUGUUUCUUACUCCCUCUCUCCCCCAUUUUUUGUUAUUUAUUUUGUUGUUCAAUUGGUGAAUUUCAGGAUGGGGGAUAAAACUAUUUUUUAUUUAAAUUUUAUAUACAAAUUAAUUGAAAGUUUUUACUCUUCCUAACAAGUUUAUUUUCUCAUGGUUUAAAAAAAAAAUCUAUCUCCAAUUUAUUCCAUUCCACUGUUUGCAGUGAUAAAAUUUUCAUUAAAACUCAUAACCUCAGUGGAUUGAAUAUCAAAAUUAAGAAAGUGCAAAUUUAAGUUGCUAAUAACCAGCCUUCAUUAUUUAAUGAAAGUUGUAUUUUUUAGUUUUCUUCAUACAAAAAAAAAAAAGGAAAAUAAUUGAAAAUUUUCAAUAAUAUAUUGAUGGAAAACAGUGCUUUCUAAUGAAGUAUUUUGUAUGUCAUUUUAACUUUAAAAAUCAUUUUUUCUAGGAAAAACUUAUAUAUGCUUUACAUUUAACCCAUCCAAUAUUUUGUGCAUGUGUAUGUAAGCUUUUAAAAUAUCUGAUUAUAAAACAUAUUUGUAAAAACUAUUUUUUUUUUAAACAUUGUUAUGAAUUCCACCAUUCUGUGAGUGAUUGCUUUCCUGGGAAAUCACUGUAAUUUGUUAGUUUUUAUUAUCCCAUCAUUUUAAUUUUGUAUCAUCUAGAAAUGUGUUAACUAUUUCUUGUUUUAUCUCAGUUAAGUAUAGAAAGUCAGUGCCGUGCAGAUAAAAUGUCUACUAGCUCUAGUAACCGUCCAUUAUACAUGGAGACAGUUGGACACGAAGGAUGUAUCAGUUUUUCGACUUGGUGGAAAUCCUGUCAGUAUUUUUUUUUAUACAAUUACAUAUCAUUAAAUUAUCACAUGAAAUUAAACUAGUUCAGUAACUACAUUUAAAAUUUUCAUGUUAAUUUUUAUUGUCAUUCUCAAAUUAAAUUUUAUAGCAAUACUCAGCAUAAGAUAAAAGGGUAAUUUAUGUUCCUUUAUUAUUCACAGUUUAUUAUUAGCCAAGUCGACAGCUGGUUUCAGUUCUCAUCUGAAGCUGCAAAUGUCCUUGAGAAAAGCAUGUACAUCUCACAAUCUCAUUCUUUUCCUCUACAAAUUUGUGGCUGUGUGUCUAAGUAGAAAAUCAAUAUUUAAAAUUUGGAUGAGUGUUAUAGAGUAAGAGAUAAGCUCCUGGCAAACUAAGCUCUCAAUUUAGUUAAAAUUUUUGGUUGACACUAUUUGAUAUUAUAUCUUUGAGAAAAGCAUCAACAUUACAACAUCCCUUUUCCCAUAAAUAUGUGGCUUGUGCCUAUGUAAGAAAUAUUUUGAUUUUUUUAAUUUUGCAUAUGUUUUAUAUGUACAUAUUUUUUUGCAUAAGAUUUAUCAAGUAAUUUUAAUUUUCACAUCAGCCUUACAUCUUUUAAAUUGUUAUUAAAUGCAAUUAUACGUAUCUCUUAACUGAUUACAAAUUUCAUGAACUGAUCAUAUAUUUCCCAGUUGGGAAAUUUAACAACUAUGUUGCUAAUUUUAAAUCAGACAAGCUUAGAACUUUUCACAAAAUAUAUUUUUUAAAUAGUUUAUCGAAACUGAAAAAUCUACCCAUUUAAUUUUAAAUGUAUUUUGAUUUAUUUAAAUAUAAUUAUUAACUUAACUCGAAAUGUUUCAGUUAACCUUUUUCGAAAGUGAAAAUAAGUUGUUGAACAUACUGGAACUUAGAUAAUUAAUAAUCUAGCUUAAUUUCUUUUUAUUGGAUUACAGUCAACAUUUUACUGUUACCCCAAUAUUUUGUUGUUUUCAGAUGUAAGAUGCAAUGGUUGAACAGAUAAGAUACAAAUUUUCUUUGAUUCAUGUGUUAUUCAUUAAUUUGUAUCUCACUUCAAACAUUACAUUGUGUAUCAAGGCAAGACACCUAACUCUACUUGCCUAUGGCUUUUAUGCCAGGUUGAAUGAAUUAUUGUUAUUUUAGAUAACUGUUCCUCUAGUUAUUUAAAACCUGCUUAUUCUAGAAUAAUAUUGUUUUGUUUUUCUUUUACUUGUAUUAUAAGUAUUGUUUAUUUAAAAACAAAAAAUAUUUUUUAAAAUGUAUGAAUUUUACUGUUCAUUUGCAACCAGAUAAAAUGACUUAAAAUUGCAUUUAGUUAAAAAUCUCGUAAAUGUGAUAUUGACAUUUUCUCUUUUAUUUCUGGGAUACUUUCUACAUAAUUGCAGUGUUAUAUAAAGCCAAAUUAACAUCUUUUAAUGAUCACAUUUUGAAUUAGUCAUCACAAGAGAAAGAUGUGAUAUUAAUAAAUUCAUUAUGUAUGAUAAUUACUUUUGAAUAUUUGACAAUGAUAAUAAAAAAAAAAGCUUAAAACAGCUGCAUUCUUCAAAUAUAUCCAAAGAAAUUAUCAAAAAGAAAAUAAUUCUAGUGUUACUGCUGCAUUUGUCUAAUCCAGUGAGCCAAAACAGUUAACUUUUUAUUAAAUCUCAUUGUUUCACUUUUUUUUUAAAGUAAUACUUUGUUUUUUAUGUUCAUAGAAUAAACAUAUGAAAAGCAUUUGUUUUAUUAAUCUCAUCAACAAUCUGCAUAAUUAGUUAUUAGCAUUGCUUUUACUUAAAACUUUCAUUUGGCAACUAUAGUCUAUUUUAACUGGUUGUGUAAUCACUAUAUAUCACUUGUUUUACCUCUUUUUACUUUUCUUUAUUCCCAGAGCAUGUCAUAUAGUGUGCAUGUGAUUGUGGCACAAUUCAUCAGUGUAUAUGAUGCCACAAGUAUUCCAGUUAUUCCAAUUGUUUACAUGUCAUUUCAGAUGGUUAAAUACGAAAUUCACAAACAGCUCAUGCACAGGAAAUAUUCAGUAUUUAUUUUUUCACACAAACAGAUUUAAUCCCUAUAGUAAAUGCAGUGUUGUUGCUACCCUGUG